UGAAAUAGUGAAGAUAUAAUUUUCUCUCUCAUAUUUUCUUCUUGUGUAGUGUGUUAUUUAUUUUUCACGUUCUUGAUAUUUUAAGAGUCUUACGCGCUUAAAAUCCCAACAAUUGGUAUCGGAGCCAAGUUACAUUUGGGGCGGAGGGAUUUCUAAGCGGUAAGAGAAGAAAGUCGAGAACUUGAAAAAUGGCAUCGCUAAAAAGUUUGAAUGUUUCUGUCGAACCUUUCGAUGGACGUGGCGAUUUUACUCUGUGGCAACAACAAGUAAAAAGUGUUCUUACUCGGGAAGGGACAAUCAAAGCUCUGAAGGUGAAGGUUCAGAGGACAGAAAAAAUGACGGAUGCUGAGUGGGCCAAACACCGGAAGAACGACAAACCGGAAAAAUUGUCGGAAGAAGAGUGCGAGGAUUUGAAGGACAUGGCAACAAGUACAAUAUGCCUAUGCCUUGCAAAUAAUACUCUUCGGGAGGUUCUCGGUUUGACGGACCCGGUGGAAAUUUGGGACAAGUUGGAGAGCCGGUAUAAGUCAAAAUCGUUGACAAGUAGGCUAUACUUGAAGAAACGAUUGUUUGGUCUCCAAAUGGCGGAGGAAGCUAACUUUAAUGGGCACUUGGAUGAAUUCAACAAGAUUACAACAGAGUUGGAAUCCAUUGACGUGAAGAUUGAAGAGGAGGACAAGGCGCUGCUUUUAUUGGCUUCAUUGCCUUCAUCUUUUGACAACAUCGUGACCACGCUCUUGUUUGGAAAAGAGACCUUAAAAUUUGAUGAAGUAGUUGCUGCGUUGUUGAUGAACGAGACUCGGCGGGGUGGCAACGAGGUAUCAAAUGAUGGUCAAGCUUUGGUUGCAAAAGGAGCUGGUCGGGAACGAGGACGGUCUAAAGAGAGGGGCGGCGCGUCCCAAUGCUUCAAAUCGAGUAGUAAAAGCUUUCGGUGUUACUACUGCGAUGAAGAAGGUCAUUUCAAAAGGGAUUGUCCAAAGAGGAGGAAGGAAAAGAAGGACGGGAAAAUACCCGUGACUGCGGUUGCAGAAAUUAAGGAAAAGUUUGAUACCUAUCAAACUUGUGAUGGGGGUGCUGUGAAGAUGGCAAAUGGUGCACGGAGCAAAAUUGCAGGGGUCGGAACAGUGCAAGUUCGCAUGUUUGAUGGCGUGGUGAGAACAUUAACUGGAGUGAAACAUGUACCGGGUCUAAAAGGAAAUUUGAUUUCCUUGGGGGCUUUAGAUUCAGAAGGCUGCCGAAUUUUUGCUCAAGGAAAAGAUUUGGCACGGAAGCUGUCAGAAGGAAAAAUUACAAGUGCAACAAGCGGAGCAUUUGCAUGGAAGAAGCGGGUGACGUUUGAAGCUUCUCAGGUUGGGGGAGACUGUGACCUUGCCGAAACGAGCGAGGUGGAGCCAGACCAUGGUUUGGUUAAUUAAUCAAGGUGGAGUUUGUUGGGAUAUUUGAUUAAUUAAUCAAAAAGAAAAGAAAGAAAAAAUCACAAAGAGGACAAAGAAGAUCAAAAGUGGGAUAUUUGAUUGACUUGGUGCAUGUCAUCAAAUCAAAGAGGAUUUUUUGG